AUGGCUGUUACAAUUGAUCAAUUACACUAUUAUAACAAUAACAAUACCCCUUCCACCACCUCCCCAUCAUUAUCACCACCAUCAGAACAAUUCAUAAUGCCUUUGAAAGCACUACCGAUAAGAGAUAAGACGCGGGAUAUUACACAUCUUUCUGCUCAACAGUACUAUAAUGAUCUAUCACCACAUCAUCAUCAUCAUCAUCAACAACAACAACAACAACAACUAAGGCGUAAAUCAUUCAAAAGUAUAAAAAUGCAGAGAUCUUUUAGUAUCAGUAGUAUAAAAAGUAAUAACUCCGUGGAAUCGCAUCCAUUAACUUACACCAACAAUAAUCAUCAAGGUUUAGAUGACUGCGAGAAAAUGGAACUAGAUGAAUAUGAUUCGGAUGAAGUGUCUUGUAAUUCCUGUCUGUCUACUCCAUCGAAAUCAAACUUUAGUUUCCUGUUUGAUACCCAAUCAUUAACUAUUCCAAGUAUACCCAUACAAAAACCACAAUCAUAUUCAAAUACAUCAAUACUAUCAUCACUGACAGGUUCCACUCUCAGCUUAUCUAUUCCCACGGGUGCUCCAUCUUCAUUCCCGUCAAGAGCAUAUAUUCCUACAUCUACAAGCACUGUUUCUUGCUCGCCAGUCACUACCGUUUCUAUACCUGCAUCUACAUCGUUACCAUCAACUUCCGGAAGAGACAAGAGCUUGUGUCGUUCUCCUUCUAGUGAUUCGUUGUAUGUGAUAUUAAAGAAGUCCACUCCCAGUCCAUCCCCACUUGGAAACAACUCCGGUGUAAAGUCCAUGUACUCCAACCUCACAUCAUCUUUGAAAUCAUUCAGAAACAAGUUGUCUUUGUAUAAUAAAGAGAAUCUUAUUAGUUAUAUCGUGGAUUCACCUCGACUCACAGAUGACAAACUCCCACAAAUUCCAGAAUUGGAAAACGAGGUUGUGAAUGAAACUGGUGAAUCUGAUGAUCCGGUUGACCAAGAUCAAGUGAUGCAAGAGUUGACAACGUUUAAAAGUUCAGAACCUCAUCACUGUAGUAAUAAGCUAGGGCUCACGAGAGUUAAAUACAAGACUAGGGAACAACGAUCAAAUAGAGAAUUUUUACGAUUAUAUGCAUUUGAUCAUCAUGCCAGAACCAAAUCACUGGUGUUGCCAAAUUAUAUGAGUCAUGAUGAAUUAAAAAGAUUGAUUGUUAUUCGUCCACAUUUGAAAGAAUUCCAUUAUGAGUAUAACAUUCAUAGAAUAUCAAGUUUAUCUAAAGAAAAGCUUUGGAAUAGUGUUAUUUUGCCUCCACGUAAUGAUGAUAGUCCGAGGUUGUUUAUAGAUGGAGAGAAUUACAUCUGUAUUGAAGAAGUAGAUGAGGAUGAAUUAUCGCUGGGCUAUUCUAUCGUACGAAAACAAGGAGGAUAUAUGCCCUGGGUUUUGAAACAAAGUAUCAGACCAGCUGGUGUAUUACCUAAAAGUAAGUGUAUUUUUAAUAGUGAAGCUCCAAAUAGUGGAGUAACUAAUUGUCAAUUCACUGUUAAAGGCUGGUGUAACCCUAGAUGGGUUGAUAUCAGUAAAGAAUAA